UGAACGCCCCGUCACGACACCCUGUGGUCAUAACUUCUGCUUGAAAUGCUUCCAGAAGUGGAUUCAGAAUCGGAAAAGGACGUGCGGUAAAUGUCGGGCACAAAUCCCAGCCAAAAUGGCUGAGCAACCAAGAAUCAACUCUGCACUAGUCGAAGUUAUCCGGAUGGCUAAGAUUUCAAAGAAUGCUAACUCGGGAGGCUCAUCAGCUCCAUAUCAGUAUAUACGGAAUGAUGAUAGGCCUGACAAGGCAUUUACAACUGAGAGGGCUAAGAAGGCUGGGAAAGCAAACGCUUCUAGUGGCCAGAUCUUUGUGACCAUUGCACCUGACCAUUUUGGCCCCAUUCUUGCGGAAAAUGACCCCCGAAGGAAUAUUGGUGUUCGAGUUGGGGAAACAUGGGAAGACCGUCUUGAGUGCAGGCAAUGGGGUGCCCAUUUCCCUCAUGUAGCUGGUAUCGCUGGCCAGUCUACACAUGGUGCUCAAUCAGUAGCUCUAUCAGGAGGGUAUGAAGAUGAUGAAGACCACGGAGAGUGGUUUCUUUACACCGGAAGUGGUGGAAGGGAUCUAAGUGGGAACAAGCGGACAAACAAGGAGCAAUCAUCUGAUCAGAAAUUUGAGAAGCUGAAUGCUGCUUUACGCAUUAGUUGCUUGAAGGGUUACCCGGUCAGGGUUGUGAGGUCGCACAAAGAGAAGCGUUCCUCAUAUGCUCCUGAAUCUGGUGUGAGGUAUGAUGGAGUUUACAGAAUUGAGAAAUGUUGGAGGAAGAUUGGCAUUCAGGGUAAGUUCAAGGUCUGCAGGUAUCUCUUUGUACGCUGUGACAAUGAACCCGCUCCAUGGACCAGUGAUGAUCAUGGUGACCGUCCAAGGCCAUUGCCGAAGAUAAAAGAGCUGCAAGGUGCAACUGAUAUAACGGAGAGGAAAGGGCGCCCUUCAUGGGACUAUGUUGAGAAAGAAGGCUGGAAAUGGGUGGUGCCUCCUCCAAUCAGCAGGAAGCCUGUUCUCUCUGGGGAUCCUGAGACUGACAAGCAAAUCCGGAGAGCAACAAAGCGUGCUCAUAUGUCUGUGGCUGAGAGGCUACUGAAAGAGUUUGGUUGUUCUAUCUGCCGGGCUGUGAUUAAAGAACCCCUUACAACUCCAUGUGCUCACAACUUUUGCAAGACUUGUUUGCUCGGGGCAUAUGAUAGCCAGGCCUCCAUGAGGGAAAGAAGCCGUGGUGGUCGGACUCUAAGGGCUCAGAAGAUUGUGAAGAAGUGCCCUUCCUGCCCAACUGACAUCUGUGACUUCCUAGAGAAUCCCCAGAUCAACCGAGAAAUGAUGGACCUGAUUCAGUCUUUGCAACGCAAGGCUGUUGAAGAAGGUGACACCAAGGUGGCUUCAGAUGAUGCUGAGGAAUGUGGUGAUGGUGAGUCGGAGGCAAAUGAUGAUGCCUUGGCGAAGGAAGAGGAUGAUGGCAGCAUGAACGAGGAUGAGCAAGACAGUGCUGAUGCUGAUGCUAACGCUGAUGGUUCUGUGAAAAUUGUGGUUGAAAUCAAGGAGGAAGGAAAAGAUGAUAAGAAGACCAAGGUGGGUGUGACCGGAGUGGUGGAUGUGGUAGUUGAAGAGAAAGCUGAGACAAAGAAGCGCAAGUGUGAUGCUGAGACUGUCACAGAUGGUGCUCCUGCUAAAAGAGUGAAGAACGUUGCUGCUGUGGAAGAGGUUACUUGCACUCCAGUGAAACGGACCAGGAAGAGUGGUGAUGUGGAUAACGAAGGCAAUGGUAGUCCUGUUGUGAGCAGUGGUCGCAGGGUGACUCGGAGCAGUGCGAAUGCUAGUGAAGCUGAUGAUAGUCCGGCAAGGAGGACCAGAAGCCGUGCCAGAGCUGAUGCUGGUUGCUGAUGGUGAUGGAAGCAGGGGAGUGCGGAUGCUGGUGGCCUGGAGCCGGUUGACAUUGAAAACAGGCUCCGUUUUUUGGGGAGGUUGUAUGUAGUCUGGGAAGUUUGCUUUCUUUUGGUUGGGGUGAUUGCUGCGCCUGUGGGAAACUGGAUUGUGUGCAGUGCUGCAUCUGUUUCUUUUGGUUUGGCUUGGGCGAACUGAUAGCCCACCUCGGGGAUUCCCAGAUCGCGCCUCCUGGAAUCUGGAUGGUUGUUUAUCUGAGAUGCUUAAACCAUUUAAGUUACCAGCUCCAUUGGACGUACAAUUCC